AAAUCCUAAAGAAGAAGAUGAAGUUAAUUGGAGGGGCUAUAAAACACACGGCGUUUUACGUUUCUGUAGUGACUGUCUAUGUUUUUCAUGCCUUCUCUGUGAUCAUGUGUGAAAAGCUGAGGAAGGUGAACAGCUGGUUGGAGGGAGUGUUUGGGGAUCAGCCAGUGCCAUUAUUUGAGGUGAACACCAGGACUGUGGACAUACUGUAUCAGCUGGCUCAGUCCAGUGAAGCCCGCUGCAGUGAUACUGCUCUCCUCAUAGAAGACUACAAGCAGAAAACAUCAGAGUAUCAGGCUGACGCUGCUCACCUUGAGGAUGUUCUUCUGCACGGUGUCGGCUUGUCUGGGGCAAGCUUGUCAGAGCCGACUGCAAACUACGUGUCUGCUUUAGUGGACAAUGCUAUGGUGCUGCGAGUGAAAGACACAUCACUGACCAGCUUCAUGCCAGCAAUCAACAAUCUCACCGAUGAUCUUCUGGAAGUCGAGAAGUCAAACAGAAAACUCGAAAGGGAACUAAGGGCACUCCAAAAAAGACUCGGUUCAAUUCUGGUGCUGCGGGGAAACCUACAAGAGGAUAUCGACAAAACUACCAAAUCUCAAGCAGUGGAGAGUGCAAAAGAAGAGGAGAGGCUGCUCAACGUGGACUUUGUGACGGCCAAGACUCAAGAGCUCCGUAUCAGACAGCAGAGGCUCAGCUUAUCCAGGAACAUGGACAAGUCUAUCACCCACCAGGCCAUUGUGCAGCUUUCUGAGGAACUCAGGGCACUGCAAAACGAAAUAAUCCUCCUGAAAAAGAAGCUGGAGUCGUACAUGGACCAGAGUCCGAGCCCAUCUCUUGCACAAGUGAAGAUAGAAGAAGCAAAAAGAGAACUACGUUUCUCUGCCUGUCGGUUUCUGUCCUCUGGAGUGGAGCAGAGCCUGGACACCUCAACGGUUUCUGUCAGCUUGACUGGUGUAGGACCUGAUCUGCAGUCUGACAUGGAGACUGAGCCGUUACCAUGGAGUGGCCACAGAUGCUUACUAGAGAGCAGUGUUUCCCACUGGGCCCCCCAGCUUGGAUGA